AUGGUGCACCAAGAUGUUUUCCCCAAAUAUGUUAUGUCUUUGGAUGUCAAAGAUGUUGUUGUGAAGGCGGUAGAUCUUCGCAACCAAUUUGAAAAUGAGCAAGAGUUUGAAUUUCGUGAUCACAUACUUCGAUGGAUUCGUAUUGAGGCUUACAAUAUGAGAUUUGGUAUGGUAAUUGGAAGGUUUAAUAAUUAUUUGGAUAAAAGAUAUGCAUUUGCGAUAAUGACGUGCGGAAGAAGUGAGAAAUAUAAACCUCCUUUCCAGAAUUUUAAACGAGAUGACACUGGUUCAAGAAAAUGUGAAUGUCCCUUUAAGUUGCGUGGUUAUGUGUUGACAAAUAAGAAAUUGAGAUUUAAUGUCACAUUUGCUUUACAUAACCAUGACUUGUGUAAAAAGUUUGUCGGUCAUCCAAUUGUGUAUCACCUCAUGCCGAAAGAGAAGGAAUGUGUUUCAAAUAUGACAUUGAAUUUGAUUCAAUCGAAAAUCAUACUUGCAACUUUGAAACGUAAAAGACUAAAAAAUAUCUCAAAUAUCAAGCAAGUGUACCGAACCUGCGAGGAUGGAGUAACUGUUAGAGAUAUAUUUUGGACUCAUCCUGAUUCCAUCAAGUUGUUCAACACAUUUCCUACUACGUUCAUCAUUGAUUCAAAAUACAAGACCAACAAGUACAGACUUCCAUUAUUCGAGAUGGUUGGUAUUAGCUCUAUUGAGAAGACCUAUCAUGUCGGGUAUCACAUAACAAAGAAUGUGCGAAGUCAGGUUAAACAUGCGGUAGAGACAAAACAGAUAAAGUCUGAAGACGGAAAAAUCGUGAAAGCGGGGUGGAAGGUGUGCGAGAAAUAUCCUAAUUUGUUAAAAUAUGUUGAAAGCAUAAUCCUUGACCAGGUGAAGGAGAAAAUUGUUUGUGUAUGGACCGAUCAGGUUAGACACCUUGGGAAUACAACAACAAACCAAGUUGAGUCUGCCCAUGCUACAUUGAAGAAUUGGUUAGAAAAUAGUAAGGGAGAUUUAUGUAGUGAUUGA